AUGGGAAAGCCUGGUACAGAUUCGCUACUCGAGAAGGAAACCAUCAGCUCGCAUGGGCGAAGAGGGAAGGGUUUUGUGGUGAGCCAACGUGGCCCCGAGGCCAGUAGGAAGGAACCCAAGCGCUAUGGCAACUGCGACGUAACAGUGGGCUUCAGCCACGAGAGCGGGUGCUGGGCAGGAGGGCUGCUCCUGCUGUGCUCGUCUAUCCUGCCCUCUCCUGCCGCCGGCUGCGGCACUCGGCACAGCUCAGUCCCUCUGGGCCCCACGCAAGAGCGGGUGGCCGCAGGCGAGCUCCCCUGGGUGGUGUCCCUGCAGGGCCUCCGCGAUGGGCACCUGGCCUUCGGCGCCGUCCUCAGCGAGCGCUGGAUACUGAGCGCAGCCUCAGCGUUCCGGAACAGGACCCAGGCCGUGGCCCUGCCUGGCAUCCCAGCUCCAAGCGGGCGCCAAGGGCACCCGCUUCUCAUCAGUGCCAUCAUCCCGCACGAGGCCUUUGAUGAAGUCACCCUGGCCCACAACCUGGCCCUCCUGAAAACGGCCACCCCGCUCCAGUUCAGCCAGACAGUGCAGCCCAUCUGCUUCCCCUGCCAGAGCUCCCCCGUGGCCACUGCCGAGAACUGUGUGCUGGCCGGCGGGCUGCAUCCUCACGCAGAGAGCUGCCCCCUCUCUGGCCUUGCUAAAAGGCCGAAAGGGCAGCUGCUAGCAGAAGAGGGCAGGACAGCAAGUGGAGCUCUGCAAAAGCUCUCCGUGGUGGACAUCAACCCCUGUCCCCUGCCCAGGAUCAUGGCCACCGAGUGCUGCGGCCACCGGGAAGGCGGCAAUGCAUCUGGAUGCCUGGGACACGCAGGCAACCCGGUCAUGUGCCAGACCACGGAGGCGAGGCAGUGGGUGCUCACGGGAGUGCUGAGCAAGGGGGGCGCAAGAUGCUACGGGCCGUUUCUUUACACCCGAGUGUCCUAUUACAGCGACUGGAUUGUGAGCACCACAGCACGCUGUGGAUCGCCCACCUCCCCCAUUGUGGGCAGCAGGGGGCACGCGGGCUUCAGGGCGCCAGCAGAGGGACACGGGGAGAUCCCUGACCCCCUUCUGAACUCCGCCAACUUCCCAGAGGACGACUCCAGCCUUCCCGACACGAGGCAGUCCGGGGAAAACGGCCAGGAGCGCCCGAGUCUGCCCGGUGCCCCCCGGGCCCUGCCUAACCCUCUCUACUACGACUACUACAGUGGAGAGGAGAUCCCCAUUUCUAUGGGGAUGCCAGGGCAGCCUGGGGGUCUCCGAGGGGCGAUUUCUGGGAGCCUCCUGCUCCACUUUCUGAGCUGCUGGAUGGCCAAGUGGGCCGAAACAGCCUGA